AUGGAGGCCCUCACGGAUGAGGAGCGUUAUCUCCUCGGUCUUGUGGCCGGGGAGAGGCACGAUGCAGUCUGCAAAGGUGCUAACUGCUUUUGCAAGCAGCAUCUCUCGCUGUUCGGUGGGGUGGGUCUUGAAAGGGAGCCCUGCGAAGGCCGGUGUUGUAGUCCUGCGAAUAGCAGCGCAACUGGGAAGCGUCCGCGAGCUGAGACUGAGAACGGCGGCUUCGUCACAGGGUCUGCACAACGGGGGGUGAAACGGAGGUCUAAAACCUACUGGGCCGCUCAGCCACUGCUGGAAGCAACUUGCAAUGAUGUGGUGGACCUUGGAGAGGGUGGGCCGUCAGCAUGCUCGGCCGGGGGGCAAGGGCCAGAUGUUAUCCGUGUAUGCGGCAGUUGCAUUUGCCCUUCAACGGCGUGCCUUCAUGUUGAGCCCGCACGUGUUGCAAUUGUCAUGCUGAUGGGUGCAGAGGCUGUCCAGGUAGAGACUCCAAAGCUCGUGCGCCCGACAGACGGGUUGGCCGUCCAUGACCCCCCCGUUACUCUGCUGAAGCAGCCAAUGAGAGUCAGCCAGCUGGCUGCGCGAGAUUUCGAGGAACUGAGUAGGAUGGCGGGAUUGUGUGCCCCUUGCCCCAAAGAGCCGCCCCCCUGUGCGACGGGCUGGUCAAGCUUGAUGCAGACGUCUCACAUCUACUCUCUGGACUGGUCGCAGGAGGUGAAAGUCCGCAUCUACUGUUGCAAGUGCUCGGAGAAGCACACGGUCCACUUUAACGGAGAGGCCUUGGGUUUGUACGCCUGGACUAGAAGCGUCAUCGUCACACAAGCGGCUUGCCAACUCCUGCUGCGAUGCGUGCAAGGCACUGGCUCUGCUUGUAACGCCCUUAUCGAGGCUAAGAACGCCGUCCGCCAGUUCUACUCACCUAGCGCCAAGCCUCUGUCCAGCGAGACCUGGCGGAGGGCGAGUCUCGGCUUCUUCAAGCUCUGUGGACGCUCCAUUCUCGAAUGUUGUAGCAUCUGCGGACCCCACCCGGAGGUACUUCUCUGCGACGGCAUCGCGGUGCUGGCUUGUGCCGACGGCGGGCGGCAGAAGGGAGGGCUGGCUGGGUCCAGCGCUGCGCAGUUGCGGCCAUUUACGGCGCCGAGUCAAGAUGCCAAGGGGGUGAAUGUUGUGAAGCUGAUGGAGCCGGGGGUCAACUUCUGUGCUGCGGCCUUGGGUGGGGCUGGCUUGAAGCGGCGUUUGGUGCACCAACCAGAGUUGCGUGCAUUGAUUGCGCGCUUUAGCCAGCAUCAUCCUGACGACCCCGAUCUAGGAGCCAAGCUGAGCAACGUGGAGUUCGAUGAAUUGCUGGCCGCACUCGACCGCGAGGACGUGCAGGUCGCCCCAGAGUUUGUGCCGAACCCCGUCGACGAAGAGGCCGACCCAGUGCUUUUCUACGAGCGGCGCCGCCUUCUCCUCGACCAGUUUGCACAGAUUCGAUCAAAGAACCGUGCCAUGCUGGCGCUCCUAGCGGGGAUCGAGACAGAGAGGCCCCGCGAGCUUCCCCUCUACGACCACCGCGAUGCCCCGCAAACGUUGCACCAUCUCUAUCGGCUGACCCUCUUCGGCCGAGGUGCUGUCGGACUCGGGGUGGGACGAGCCGGAUGGCCGUUGUCCGCUAUCGAGGGCCUCGACAACUGCGUCUCGGCAGCACGCGACUUCGUGGAGCGCCCGUGGACCCGCACCGCAGAACGCCUGCAGGCCGUCGAGUUCUGGGAGACGCGAGCGAAUGCCAUGCUCCCCGGUGUCGAGAACUUGACAGCGCCCUCUACGGCGUUGUACCCGCUCAACGUACCUGAGGCAGAGCUCUUGAACGAGCGGCUGGGUCUGAAUCCGGACGGUGAAUCAUGCGGAGCCCUUCCCUUAGAGCACUCCUUCUGCAAGGAGCAGCGUGUGCUCGGUUGCUACCCUCUGCCGGGGUGGGAACAGAAGCGCCCGCUCCCUCAAUACAAGCCCUUUGAGGACGAGCUAGGCCGGUCCAUUGAGGGCAGCGAAGAGCAUCGUUGUAAGAGCGGGCUAACGGUGGGCAGGUUUGAUGCGGAGGUGGCCUCCAAGGGGGGGUCGAAGUCCGCGAAGCGAUUGCAAAACCACACCAAGGGCGGGUUCGUCUUCUGCUGCCCACAUAGGGUCAUCUACGGCUUUCACGCCAUGCUCCGGGGCGAGUCACCUCGAGACCCCUUCACCGUGUUGUACACUCGACUGGAUCGACGGAACCUCCCCCGGUACAUGUUCUACGACAACGCGUGCAAGCUGCAGUCGUAUUGCAUGAGGCGUGAACCGGCUUUCUUCGCCGACGUUCGGUUCCUCGUCGACAGGUGA